AUGUCACCACCCUCCUCCUGGCCCUGGUCCCGCGACGCGCUGCUGCGCUACGCCGAAGCCGACGCGGUUUGCUGGAUUGAUACCCACGCCGAGCCGCCCUGCGCUCGCGCCGUGUCGUACACCGAGCUCGUUGAUAUGGUUGACCGCGUCGCGGCCAUCAUUGCAAGCGCUGCCUGCCGAGCAGCUGGCGUCGGCCUGUGCCUGGACAACUCUCUGUCCGCCGUCGUCUGCCAUCUCGGCGCCCUCUGGGUAGGCAACCACUUCGUGCCUCUCGACGAGCCGAGUGCACAGCCGCGACUGCAGGGCAUGCUCUGUGCCUCACGUGAGAUUGAGACAAUUAUCUGCUCUCCACACCUCGCCGCAGCCUUCGAAGCGGUGCGCGCCUGCACCUACCACACCAGCGGCACGACCGGCACGCCAAAGGCGAUCCACAGCACGCUCGAGCAGUGGGGCGCCUUUGUCUGCGCCGCAGCGCGGCCCUACCGCCUCACCGCAGCUUCGCGCGUCUUUGUCGCGACGAGUGCCAUCUUCGACCCGAGCGCGGGGCUGACCUUUGCGGCGCUGGCCGUCGGCGCGGCCGCCUGCCUCGCGCCCUGGUCCUUCACGCUGCGGCAGCUGCGCCGCUCAGUGGAGCUAACGCGCGCGACGCACGCCUGCUCCACCCCAUCGGUGUGGGCGCUGUACGACCUGGAGAGCGGGUCAGGUGCGGGUAGCCUCACGACGCUGCUGCUCGGCGGCGAGCCAAUGCCCGCCGCACUCACCCGGGCGUGGCUCGGCCUGGGCGUAGCGCUGAUCAAUACCUACGGAGCCACCGAGGCGACCGCGACCGUGUACCAGUGGGCCUACUGCCUGCCGCCGCACGCAGCCGCCCUCCCGGACGAGGACCUCGAGAGGGAGGGUCGCUGCCUCGGUGCGCCCUUCGAAGGGAUCGGCUUCGCCGUCGUUGGCGGGCCCAGCCGUUGGUCGGCGGCGAGCGUGGCCGCCGGAGGCGCGCCCGCCGAGGAGGGGGAGGGAGAGAGCCGCUUCCGCACGGGCGACUUGGUGCGCCGACGCGGCAGCGACCUCUUCUACCUCGGCCGAGCGGACCAGCAGGUCAAGCUCAACGGCCGGCGCGUCGAGCUCGGGCCGAUCGGACGCUUGCACGCCUUUUGCGCGAUGGCGUCGCCGCCGCCGGAAGAGCACGCUUGCGCCGGCUACGCCGCCACCGCCGCAGCCGUGCGGGCGCUCUGCCGGCUCGAUUUGCCUUCGUACUUGGUGCCGUCGGGCGUCACGCUAUUGCGCGAGCUGCCGCGCACGCCGACUGGCAAGACGGACGCGCGCGCGUUGGCGGCGCUAGCACGUGCGGCCAGGGUGGCGCCUGGGGCGGCGGAGGCGCGGGAGGAGGGCGGCGGCGGCGGCUCGCCGUGGCGCCCCGAGGGCUGGCUCGGGGUGGUCGCGGGCUGCUGGUCGCGCGAGCUGGGCAUCCCGGUCGGCCAGCUGCGAGGCUCGCCCGACUUUGGCGCGCCGUGCUCGUCCGACUUUGGCGCGCUGAGCGGCGACAGCCUUGUCGCGCUCAAGAUUUGCGCGCGGCUGUGGCGGCACCGGAAUCGAGACGCGGCCGAGGGCGGCGCCUUUGGGGAGGGGAUGGGCGCGUUCGGCCCCACGCAUUUGCUGGCGACGCCGAUCCUGACCGACUCGUUCGGCGUCACCGCCCUGCAGAGCGCGGUGCAGCAGCGCGGCGCGGGCAUCGCCCACCGGUUGCUCGCCGCGUGCGCCGAUGUGCUGGCCCUCGACUCCAACCGGCAGACGGCGCUACACCACGCCGCUCGCGCAGGAGCGGACAACGGAUGCUUGGCGGCCUUGCUCGACCGUUGGGAGUCGGUGGCCGGCGACGACGACGGCUCGGCGUGUGCCUCGAGGGACGUGUGGGGGCGGACGCCAUUGCAUUGGGCGGUCAUCAACGGCCACCGCGAGGCGAUCGUCACGCUCGUCGAGGCUGGGAGCGACAUUGCGCUGCGCGACAAGCAGCACGAGUCGGCGCUCGACCUCGCCGAGCGGAGGGCGACCUGCCACGCGGUGGGCUUCGGAGGCCGGUGCGACAAGCUGACGGUCAGCUUGCUCAAGCUGAUGUUACCGCGCGACCACGCCGACUACAGCUCCUUCCACCCGGAGGGCCUGAUGGACCUCUGUACGCACGAGGUGCUCCGGCACGCCGAGAGGCUGAAGCUCGGCGCCGAGGAGCGCGAAGCCUUCCUCGCGCUGAGCCCCGCGGAGCGCGCGGCGAUCGGGGACCAUGUGAUGACAAUUGACGAGCUAAAUGCGCGGGAUGAGGGUCGCCUCUAGGGUCGCGUUCGCGGGGAAUAGUACUCAGUACUGACAUGAUCUAGUGUCCCCGCCCUCUAGUCAUGUUCGAUCGAUC